AUGUCUGUUAAAAAGCAAAGGAUUAUCAAUUGUGUGUCUCAGCUGCCCUACAAGAUCCAAUUGGGUGAGAGUAAUGAUGACUGGAAGAUCGAGGCUGCGGUAGGUAGUAGUGCUCUUUACUCUUCGUUAGAUUUUUUAAAUAGCGACGAAGAGGCUGAGAAAUACGAACAACAUGUAAUCGGUUGGACCGGUGAAAUCACCAGACAGGACGAUUUUGCAUCACGUCUAUCGGCCCAUCAUGAAAAGAAGGAGAAGACAGAAGAAGGCGACGAAGAUCCGUUGUAUUUGGCCAAGGACCAACUGGAUGGGUUGACUAAAGCGAUCCAAGAGCAAAGUGAACACGAUGAGAAUAUCAAGCUGUCUAACGUGCACCCUGUGUGGUUACUACGUCGUGAUCAAAAUAGAUGGAGGGAGUAUGCCGAGAAUGUGAUCUGGCCAACUUUCCACUAUAUCUUGCAAUUCUCGUCCGAAGGCGGCGGCAGUGAGAACAAGUGGUGGUACGAUUACGUUAAAUUCAAUGAGGCAUAUGCCAUGAAGAUUGGGGAAAUUUAUCAAAAAGGUGAUAUCAUUUGGGUUCACGACUAUUAUUUGAUGUUACUGCCUCAAUUACUGAGAAUGAGAUUUGACGAAGAAGACCUAACUAUCGCAUAUUUCCAUCAUUCACCAUGGCCAAGUAACGAAUAUUUCCGCUGUUUACCUCGUAGAAAACAAAUUCUCGAUGGACUUGUGGGAGCAAACCGGAUCUGUUUCCAAAACGAUGGUUUUGCUCGUCAUUUUGUAUCCUCUUGUAAGAGACUUUUGGAAUCUUCGAGCACAAAAUCAAAGAAUGCGCUUGGAAUUGAUCAAUACCAGGUGGGCGCAAACGGUGGUGAUGUGAUUGUUGAUUCUUUGCCCAUUGGUGUAAAUACCAAGAGGCUACUUAAGGAUGCAUUCACACCAGAUAUCGAUGAAAAAGUUCUUGCCAUUAAGAACGCUUACCAAGGUAAGAAGAUUUUCAUCGGCAGAGAUCGCUUAGACCCUGUUCGUGGUGUUGUGCAGAAACUAAGAGCAUAUGAAACUUUCUUAGCAAUGUACCCUGAGUGGAGAGAUCAAGUAGUUCUGAUCCAGGUCAGUAGUCCACCUAUCAACAGGACCUCCCAACAAUCUUUCAGGUUAGAGCAACAGGUUACGGAAUUGGUUAAUUCGAUCAACUCCAAGUAUGGUGGUUUGGACCAUUCACCUGUUCAACAUUACUACAUGAGAAUUCCAAAGGACGUUUAUCUCUCGUUAUUGAGAGUCGCUGAUCUCUGCAUUAUCACAAGCGUAAGAGACGGUAUGAACACGACCGCUUUGGAAUACGUCACUGUAAAAUCCCACAUGUCAAGUUACAACUGUUACGGUAAUCCAUUAGUUCUAAGUGAAUUCUCGGGUAGCAGCACUGUCUUGAAAGACGCCAUUAUUGUCAACCCUUGGGAUUCUGUCGCUGUUGCCAAAAGUAUAAACAAGGCUCUAAAAUUGUCGAAAGAGGAAAAAUUUGCCCUAGAGAAGAAGAUUUGGCCCGAAGUGCCAACUAUUCAGGACUGGACUGAUAAAUUUUUGACCACUUUGGACUCAAUCAGUGAUAAAACAUCUCCAGGUGCAAAGGAAAAAAGAAUCACACCUGCUUUGAACAGACCAAUUCUAUUGGAAAAUUACAAGCAGGCUAAGCGUCGUUUGUUCUUAUUCGAUUAUGAUGGUACUUUGACACCAAUUGUGAGGGACCCAGCGGCUGCUAUUCCGUCGGCACGUCUAAUAACGAUCCUGUCAAAACUUGCUGCUGAUCCUAAGAACCAAAUUUGGAUUAUCUCAGGUCGUGACCAGAAAUUCUUACAAAGAUGGUUGGGUAGUAGGUUGCCUCAUCUGGGUCUAAGUGCAGAACAUGGUUGUUUUGUGAGAGACGUGAACAGUGAAGAAUGGGUUAACUUAACUGAAAAAUUCGAUAUGUCAUGGCAAGCAAAAGUUGGCAAAGUUAUGGAGGAAAUCACGGAUCGUACUCCAGGCUCGAACAUUGAAAGGAAGAAAGUUGCUUUGACUUGGCAUUAUAGACGUGCGGACCCAGAAUUGGGCGAAUUUCAUGCUGCUGAAUUAAAACGAGAGCUACUCAAGGUCGCAGAGGAAUACGAUUUGGAAAUCAUGGACGGUAAGGCCAACCUUGAAGUGCGUCCAAGUUUUGUCAAUAAGGGUGAAAUUGUAAGAAGACUUGUCUGGCACAAGCAUGGUAUGCCACAGGAUAUGUUGAACAAUAAGAGAGAGGAGUUGACCAAGGAAGAGAUGCCUGAUUUCAUGCUAUGUCUAGGUGAUGACAUGACAGACGAAGACAUGUUCAACCAAUUAAACAAGAUCGAAUCGGUUUGGAAAUCCAAGUAUCCAGAUAAAGUAAACCAGUGGAACAAUUUUGGUUUUUACCCUUGUACUGUUGGUUCUGCCUCUAAGAAGACUGUGGCCAAAGCUCAUUUGACCGAUCCUCAACAAGUUUUAGAUACCUUGGGUCUACUUGUCGGUAACGUCUCAUUGUUUCAAAGUGCUGGUACCGUUGAAUUGGAUAGCAGAGGUCACGUUAAAAAUAGUGAAAGAAGUUUAAAAUCCGAACAGGCGCAAGCGGAGUAUGCAUUGAAGAGGCAAAACUCAAAUACAUCGCUUAAGAGAUUGGAUUCAAGAGAACCUUUGCGUAGACAAGGCUCAAAUACUUCGUUGCAUAGACAGGGCUCGAACACGUCUCUGAAUAGACAGGAUUCAAGCUCCUCGUUGCAUAGAUUAAGCUCAAGUACCACUAUGAGCAGACAAGGAUCUUCAACCUCCAUUAAGCGCUAG